GGAAAAAGUGAGCGAAAAGAGACUGGUCUGCGGUCUGCGGUCUGCUCAUGCUCUCUAUUUGAUCGCCGGCGAUCCGCUUCGCUCAUUGCAUGGGCUUCAGGCUAGGUCUCGAAGCACAUGCUUCGAUUCGAUGAAGCCUCUGUAGCGAGGACUCGUGACGGGCAUUUGGAUUUCAAGAUUCGACCCGACUUAGGCCAUGAGCCUAGCGCGCUUGCUGCUUGUUUCGCUGGCUGCCUCUGAGCGACCCGCAGAGGAGCAAGGGUCUCGCGCACUACACACUGAACCGGUGCCCGUGGAAAAGGAGGCCUUUGGCUACUCAGACCUCAAUGACAAGCUGAAGCAGCUGCAGACGGAAACUCAGGAGUAUCAGAGAGACGUGAAGGGUCCUGUGGUGGACCAGGCUGACGAUUGGCUUCAACAGAAAUCUCGAUAUCAGGAUUUGGUGCAACAGCUGAACGAGGGCAUGAUUGUCGAGAAGAAGUUGGUGCACAAGCUCCGCACCGAAAUCAGGAAGAAGGCAACAGAAAGCAUGAAAGAGGCUGAGAAGAAUCUGGAGAACAGCACGGGAAAUACGGGAAGUUGAGGGUGCCUUCAGCUCAUUGCUCAGACUGUCCGAGCAAUGAUCCUGCCACAGCAAUUCAGAACUGGGGCAAUGCGACGGUAGCGUGCAGAGACCAGUGGCUGAACCG